CAUAUUUUUCCCCCCAAAAUUUUGACUGCGUAGGUUGCAGGCAGGGUAGCUUAAUUUUAGUCAGUGGUACAUCGUGGAACUUUGAAAAGCUUGAUUUGGUUUGGUUUACUGAACCAUACAACGUCCCCCUUUGUUACUUUACGAGAGGAUUUACGGUCGUGUUUUUGUUGUAUUCAGUCCGCUUCACGUCGCUCAGCACAUACUGUAGGAUUUUGUGAACGCUAAUGCAGUGACUAGGCUCGAUUCUUGGACAUCAAUUGCAUUUGUGAGUCCGAGUGGCUCCUUUAAAAGGGGUGGGCGUCGCUUUAUUCAUGCAGCUCACUGACAGGCUAAUUCCACACUCACUCAAGAUCCAUUCAUAAAUAAGUCAUUACGAAAAGGAAGUGAAGCCACCGGAGAUUAUUAAUUUCAGCCAAGAUAUGUGUGUUGCAACCCUCCCUCUUUUGAUUCUAAGGGGUAUAUACUGCAAAAUAAUUUCCACCGCUGUCAGCAAGAUAUAUUUCAGCGAUACAGAGAAAGCGCAAAAGUCACUUCCGAUUGGUGACCCUCUUCUAACGGCGAUGAGUUUAUGCGCGUUCUACCAGGAAGCUAAACGCAUACUCUGUUGAGAACAUUCUGCCACAGCUGACACGCACUCCCCAUCCUCCAUCUGAAAGGGAUGUUGUAAGAUAGUUGCAAUUAGUGUUUUCAUUUUGAUCAUUUUUACCAAUUUACUCCUUAUUUUUCAAUGUCUGCCGCAUCUAUCUCCGCCUGUCUCGCCUAAAGUAAGUAGAUCCGCGGUGUAGGCUAGAUCACCAAAUGGAACGGUGAACUAUGGCAGCUAAAGACGAUCUUUAUGCCAAAGUCACCCCUCGAAGACAGCGUCAGACCAGACCAAGCACUGUCAAACAUGGGUCCAGUCUGGACGUGCUGCUAUCCAUGGGCUUCCCCAAAACCAGGGCGCUGAAAGCAUUGGUUUCAACCGGGGGCAGAAAUGUACAAGCUGCCUGCGACUGGCUCUUCUCUCAUGUGGACGACCCCUUCCUGGACGACCCUCUGCCCAGGGAGUACGUGCUCUACCUGCGGCCCAGCGGCCCUCUGCUCCACCAGCUCUCGCACUUCUGGCAGCAGAGCCGCGUCACGUGCGGCAAGAACAAGGCCCACAACAUCUUCCCUCACAUCACGCUCUGCCAAUUCUUCAUGUGUGCCGACGCCAAGGUGGAGGCGCUGUGUGAGGCGCUGCAGACCACGGUGAGCCAGUGGAAGGGGCGCUUCCCCAACCCGCUCCCCCUGGAGCUCUACACCUCCUCCAACUUCAUCGGCCUCUUCGUGGACGAGCAGGUGGCCGAGGUGCUCAAGACUUUCGCCUCUGACUUCGCCAACGAGGCGGCGGCAAAAGCAGGUGGGCAGGAAUUGCAUGAUAGGGGCAUAAAUGCCCAUGUAGAGCCUCAUAAAAAGCAGCUUCAUGUGACUCUGGCGUACCACUUUCAGACCAAUCACCUUUCUUCUUUAGAAAAGCUGGCCAAGGGCAUCGAUGUAACGCAAGGCUGUGAUUGGCUGGCCGUGCUCUUUUCCCGGGACAUCCGGUUUGCCAAUCACGAGACGCUGCGGACGAUGUACCCGUACACGCCACAGAAUGAGGAUGAGCUGGAGCUGGUGCCAGGGGACUUCAUCUUCAUGUCACCCGUGGAGCAGAGCAGUGCCAGCGAGGGCUGGGUCUACGGGACCUCGCUGGGCACGGGGCUGUCUGGCCUACUGCCUGAAAACUAUGUCAGUCGGGCAGAUGAGUGCGAUACCUGGAUCUUCCAUGGGUCCCAUUCUUUCCUCAACCCUACCUCCCCUACCGACAUGGGCGGAGCUUUGGGCGGGAUGCUUCUAGAUAGCCAGCUGGAUAGCCGCCUUCUGGAUGACCCGAGUCCCCUUGACCCCCCCAGUCUUAUUUGUCAACCUAUGCAGAUGCUCCGGCCAAACAGUCAGCCUCGGCUGCCGAAGAGGACCCUGUUUGUGUGUCGCCACGGUGAGAGGAUGGACGUGGUGUUUGGGAAACACUGGAUCUCCCAGUGCUUUGAUGCCAAAGGUCGAUAUGUGCGGUCCAAUCUUAACAUGCCGGCUAGUCUUCCAGCAAGAACUGGCGGGUUCAGGGACUACGAUAAGGAUUGUCCUAUCACUGUGUUUGGGUCCACGCAGGCUCGCCUCAUAGGUGAGGCCCUCCUGGAGAGUCACGCAGCGAUAGACUUUGUGUACUGCUCCCCCUCACUGCGCUGUGUGCAAACAGCCCAUCACAUCCUGCGAGGUCUCCAGCAGGAAGGGAAGACUAUGAUCCGUGUGGAGCCGGGGCUGUUUGAGUGGACCAAGUGGGUUGCGGGCACCUCCCUGCCUUCCUGGAUACCCACUGCCGAUCUGGCAGCCGCUAGCCUGAGUGUGGAUACAACCUAUAGACCUCAUAUACCCAUUAGCAAGCUUGGCGUGUCAGAGUCCUAUGACAUGUACAUUAACCGGAGUUUCCAGGUGACCCGGGAGAUUCUCAGCGAGUGCCAAAACCUCGGAAACACAGUGCUGAUAGUGGCCCACGCGUCCUCCCUGGAGGCGUGCACGCGGCAGAUGCAGGGCCUCAGCCCCCAGAAUUCCAAGGACUUUGUGCAAGUGGUCCGAAAGAUUCCUUAUCUGGGCUUCUGUGCUUGCGAGGAGAUUGGUGAGAUGGGGGUGUGGCAGCUGGUGGACCCGCCCAUCUUACCUCUCACCCACGGGCCCAAUCACACCUUCAACUGGCGCGAGACUCUGCUUCAGGACUGAGCGCACCCCCUGUGUCCGUCCCCCUGUCCCUGCCGUCCCCUUGCCCGUCGUCAGGGUCCCUCGCGGGGCAGCCUCGAAGACGCCGCACUGCAGAAAGCCUUCAGCCUCUCCUUUCGCCUGGCCUGUGCAGCCUAUGGCACCAAACGAUUGAACCAACAAAACAAAACAAUAACAGCAACAACAAAAUGUCUAAGCUUCCGUAGCACUCUGUCAGUGGGCAGCUGCAGUAUAUUACGCCCAUUCUAUAUAUGUAUGUAAAUGUAUGUGUACUGUAUAUUGGCAGCAUCGAUAACUGUACCCAUAAUGUGAUUUCCCGUAUCCCUGGUGACGACAUGUUUACCGGUCAAUAGCCAUAGGUGGGAGAAGGUGAAGAUGGGAGUACAGGGGGGUGCUGCAGGAUGCCGGGACUCUGCCGCCUACGUACUCUUUUAACUGCCCCCUCAGCUCCCUCCCCUGGGUCCUGAGGAGACUGGUGCGUGUGUCGGGCUGUCCCGGAGGAUGCUGGCUGAGGGUGACAAACUCAGGUUCCUGUCACGUGGAGAGGAGCUGUGAGGGGUACUGGGGUUUAGACGCGAUGCCCCCAGAUGCGCAGCGACGUGAGCUUUUUGGCUUCCACUGAACUGCCCCGGUCCCCACGAGGCCAGGCCGCUCAGAGAGGACACGGCUGCUCUUCUCCGCAAACACACUGUGAGGAAAGGAGACACACACACUCACACACACAUACAGUACAACGCAUCCUGCCAUGCAUCCCACACACCACAUCUCUCCAUGUCACCUGCACAGAACCUUCCAGAACAAAGCACAAAAGGUGGAAAACCCCAGACAAUCAAGAUAGUACAAGGCUGGUGGGGAGCAAGGCUGGAAUUACCUUGUGCUUUCAACCAGUUGGCACUUUACUUGAAGGUUUUUAUUUUUAAAGGAUUUUUUUUCGUUGAAUCAGAGGAAAAAUUAUAUUACAUUACAUAACAUUGCAUUAUAUUAUAUUAUAUAAAAGUCCUUUAUAAUCAAUACCUUUAAGUUUUGUGCUCUCCUCUGCGCCUGUUUUGUGGAGCAAAUUUCUUCCUGUAUGGUGUUGAAGUAAGCCUUACUUUUGGAUCGCAGUAAUUAGUGUAUUACUACACUGUCAAUUUCCCAAACUGUUUAGUUGAAGGACCUUACUAAUUAGCUUGGAACCAACUCUCUAAUGUAGUUAAAAUAAUAUUUAACUCCAUUUAUUUAUAUAUUCACUUGCUAAAAGUAUUUACAGGUGCUUAGGACAAAGUACUAUACUGGGGUAUGUUUUGCUUCCGAAGCAGAAGAAAAGGCUGUAGCAAACUAUAAUGCAGUUAUUCCUCACUCAAGCACUUAUGCAUAUCAAACAUGUGUUGUGUAUUUUUAGUCUUUCCAUAUAGGUUCUAAAUGUAGCCAUUUUAUCAGUUGAUCUGAACUAACUGUAGUAUUGUAAUUAUAGAGAAGUGAUGCACAGCCAUUGUAACGGAGGGUCAUACUCAUGUUUAUUUUGUUUCCUCUUUCAUUAUCUUCUUGUUUCACGCGCACCUCUUUGACGAAUGAGGUUUUCACAAGCCUUCCCUUGUCAAUCCAGUCCGCUCACAUAUGCAUUGGGAGCUCAGUGACUGCUGUCCUUCGGCAACGCGCUUGUUUUCACAUCAGCUAGUCAAAAACAUGAACCAAACAGAACGCCGGCAGAAACGUUCACCCUGAAAUGCUUCCUGUGCAAGCACCGUAACGAGACGUCGUCACUGCUUGCACUUGAUAUCACUUGAUGCGCAACUGUGUGACUUGCCAUAUCAGAAGUGUUGCUUUUAAACUAGCCAGAAGCUGCCUGGUCUUGUAUAUUGAAGAUGUGUCAAUUUUGCAAAGCUGCCAAUUUCUUGCUGUCUGCCAUAUUGUUUUUUUAUGUUUCAGAAGUACAUUCAAAGUAUCUGGCACUUCCAGACUGACUGCAAAUAAUAAGCAGUACAGUACUUUACCAGGUGUUUGGUUAGGGGCUUACCAGGCCAAAUAGUGAUUGGUUGUCUGUAUAAAUGGUGCGUGUCUGCCUAAAUAACCACCAACCAUGCUUUGGUGUGUUAGUGUAUACUUGUUAACUCAAUGCCUCCAGCAGGGGCAAACUAGUGUGUAAUUUGGCAAGGGCUUCUGUGAGAUGAGGUGAAUGACAGCUAUGUUUAUUCUCUGUCCCCCAUCCCCCCACCAAUAGUGAAUGGUCACCAUUCACCUCAGCAUGUUCUGCUGUUGGCGCAUAGCACUGAGUGUCUCUCUCAGGGGGCAGGGUAACAUUGUGAGGUAGACUCACAUUUAGAUGUAAUUUUCCCUUUAUAGAAUGUAUCUAUGGGGUUACAUACAGUGCUUGCCCCGGGAUCUAACACAAUGCCUGUGGAUCUCAGCAGUGCGCUACAAGAAGAGCUCUUGUGCGGUUAUGCUAAAAUGAAAACAAAAGGCCUCAAAUAUAUUAACGUAAGAGACACCAUGGCAACCUGUUUUGAAGCAAUGUUUCAAGGUUUAGUGUUAUUUUGUCUUGUUACAUAAUUGUAUUGGUUUUAAUAAUGGAUAAAAUUGAAUUGUAAACAAAUAUUUAAGUAUGAAAGGAUGUCUAACGGACUCACUCUGACAUACUGAUAGAUGAAUCGACUGCAAGACUUCCAAAAUGAGUGAAUGAAUGGAUGAAUGAAUUCAUUAAUUAAUCACUUUACAAUGAGACCAAACAGCUCAUCGCUGAGACUUAGGUGUUGGGAGCUUGGGCAGUUUGAGGGAUUAAAUACAACCAUAGCUUUGUGUCUGUUACAUUUCUUUCGUUUUGGUUGUGUGGCUUGUUGUGAUCAGUGGCCUGUGAGCCAUGGUUCAGGACAUUUCGGUAAAGAUGGCACUACCCCUUACCUGUGUCUACUGUCAAGCAUAUUCUUUUAUAUGAUUCAGCCGGCCACAUCUGCUUUGAAAACCAGUUCACAGUGAUCACAUGUGCCCUGCAUGCAACUAAGAAGAUUUGCCAUUUAUACUUUUAAAGCAAACUACAGUACUUGAAAACAGUACAUAAACAGAAAUUAAGGUUAUACACAACUGCUUUCUGUACUUAAAUUAUUAUAUUGAAAUUGUAUGCAUUCCAUUGAAGUUCCAAAAGAAUGCGUGUUAUAUUUUGUUGCAAUUGAUUGCCUCAGUAAUUAUUAUGAUUGUUGGAUUUUAAUUAAUUACUGCUGAAGGAUAUAAAUUAUGUUGGCAAAUAAAUGUUUCCUCUCCA